AAGAAGAGAAAGAACAAAACAAUAAUUUACAAAUAUGGGAGCUAACAAGAUUCCCAAAACCCUCAAUGGGAACAUUGUUCUUGUACUAAUCAUCACCAUAAUGAUGGUGACUCACUCCCAUGGAUUUAGACUGGAGAUCACAAACGAGCUCACGGGAAGGCACAGAAGGCUUGUGUACAAAUGCUGGUCCCGGGACAACGAUUUCGGUUGGAGACAGAACUGGUCAUAUUUUUCCAAGGAUUGGUCCUUCGGCAUUUCGCUAUUCCACACCUUCUUCUACUGCCACUUCCAUACAGGCUACGGGCGCGUGGAUAAGCAGCUAGUAGUGUCGUGGAAUAUGAAAGAACAGUGUGGAGACAGGAACAAAUGCACUUGGGUCGUUAAGAAGGAUGGACUCUACUUGAGACAUUGGAAGACGAUGUUUUAUAGUAACAAGUAUGGUAAUGAGAGGUGGAAUGAGUAUGUUCCACAUGAUAUUCUCAAAAAAUCUUGGAGCUAAUUAAUUAACAACCUUGACAAUGUUGAUCUCGUGAUUUUCGUCUCUGUAUGUUUAUAUUCAUGGUAAUAAAACCAUACAUUUUGUAAUAUAUAUGGUGAAAAAAUGAGAAGAACAAA